AUGUCCUAUUUUAUGAGACACUCACUCGCUAUACCUCAUCACUCUAUGAAAAUCGGAAUAUCCACAAUAUCCAGGGAUUUGAUUCUAUUUUCAAAAGCAAGAGGAAAUCAAUGGAAAACAUCGACCAAAGCCCUGUCAUCACCACAAAAUGAUGGAAAGAAAGUGAGAUGGAAAAUGUUUUCCAUGUUGAAAAUCAAGCGAAACUUUUCUUAUAUUCAACAAUUAAAAAUUCAUGUGGAAAAUAGAACAGAAAUUUUCAUGGCUUAUGUUCUUUGGUAA